AUGUCUGCGCAGCAGCGAGUGGCUAAGAUGCCUCGCUCUGGCGCCGGAACAGCCUAUGGUCAGGUCAUUGAGUACAUCCAAGACCGACUCUAUUUGGCCUCGUUCACCAACCCUCCCAACGCCGAUACGCCCUUCAAGUACCUGGAGCGGUCCAGCCAGUCGCCGUCGAAGCGUUCAGCCAAAGCGCAAUCCGGUCCUACCGCCGCGACCAAGCAUGUAAACCCGCCUGUAUACUUUACCAUCGACAAGAGCCUUUUGUACAAUGCCUUCCACGCGGAUUUCGGUCCAUUGCACAUUGGUCAUCUAUAUCGGUUCGCCGUUCAGCUGCACGAAGUGUUGGGAGACCCUGCGAACGAGGACCGUGCGGUGAUCUUUUGGAGUAGCGCCGACUCGAGAAGUCGAGCGAACGCGGCGUGCAUUUUGGCUUGCUACAUGGUGUUGAUCCAGUCAUGGCCACCACAUCUGGCCCUGGCGCCUAUUGCGCAAAUGGACCCGCCAUGCAUGCCAUUCCGUGACGCAGGCUACAGCCAGGCCGAUUAUGUGCUGAACAUCCAGGACAUCAUUUAUGGUGUUUGGAAAGCAAAGGAGGAGGGACUUUGCGGGCUCAAAGACUUCAGCCUCGAAGAAUACGAGAAGUACGAACGAGUCGAUAUGGGCGACUUCAACUGGGUCACACCCAACUUCCUGGCCUUCGCAUCGCCCAACGUUCAGCCAACACAUGAGAUCCCCACAACAUCACCAAUGUACUCUACCCUGCCAUCCACCAUUGCCGAAGUCCAGCGAUCCGGCUUGCCUACGCCGUUCAAGAAUGUUUUGUCGCACUUCUCCGCCAGAAAUAUCGGUCUCGUUGUGCGACUGAACUCGGAGCUGUAUUCAUCGACCUAUUUCACCAAGCUGGGGAUUCAGCACCUGAACAUGAUCUUCGACGAUGGCACAUGCCCUCCGCUUUCAUUGGUCAGGCAGUUCAUUGAUCUGGCACACGAGAUGAUUACGGUGAAGAAGAAGGGCAUUGCUGUGCACUGCAAAGCCGGUCUCGGGCGCACAGGCUGCCUCAUCGGCGCAUACCUGAUCUACAAGCACGCAUUCACUGCCAACGAGAUCAUUGCGUACAUGCGUUUCAUGCGACCUGGAAUGGUAGUCGGUCCUCAGCAGCAUUGGCUGCACCUCAACCAGUCCACAUUCCGGGAGUGGUGGUACGAGGACACAAUGAAGGCGAAAUAUGCGGAGAAGAUUCCUGCGACGCCAACAAGGUCACCGCAUAAGCAACGACUAGCUAGCAACGGUCAGACAUUCACUCCUCCUAACGGCUCGCAGAAGCGCGCUGCUCUUGGCGAGCUCGAGUCGAAUGAGCGCAGCAAUCACGGCGCCUCAAUAGGCGUGCAAGAAGAUAACCUCCCCGCGCCUACCCCAGGUCAACCACGAAAGACUAGCAAGCUGUACGGUGGCGGUACUGGAAGGUCGCCAAUUCGAAAUCAUGAAAACGAGCCUUUCAGUAGGUCUGAGCGCAUCACCGAGAUCAGGCGACUAGACGGCGAGUCGGAUGAGGAGUUCCAUCUCCGCCAAAUAGCUCGCAGGACAACACCGCGAUCUCCCGUCGCGAAAGACCGCGACCGUCGAGCUGUCAGCAUGACGACCACCAAAACGACGACGACCUCGACGUGGACAUCGUACGGGGAAAGCGACGCCGAGAACACUGCACCAGCAGGAGCUCACCCCAAGACACCAUCACGGGAAAAGAGCGGAAACGGUCAUGGCAGCAUCAGCGUUAGCAAGGUCCGUGCCAGUCCGUCACGGCGCAGCGCUGAGAACAAGAGCGGCGUCAGGAAAACCAGCGGCCGAGUAGGCAGCGUCGGCGGAUCCGUGUCCCGAACCCUGAGCGCGAAACCUGCGUAG